AUGUUGGCCCCGCGCCGAAGACGCCGCAAAAUCCCGCCGCCAGAGUUGGUGGAUCAGCUACGCGUCUACGAGAGCCUGCUUCGGGCAAAUAAUAUCAAAUUCGAUCACCUGCGCAAAUAUAGAAUUCCAGGUGAUGAUUUCCCAGUUAUAGACGAUGCAGAUUACUUAUAUCAGGAGAAUGAGAGUCUGAGCAAUGCGAACUCUGCAGCAAGAGCACAUUCGGACAUAGUUUACGAGGCAAAAAACUAUUGGCAUGCCGUGAACCGCAGCUAUCGAGAUAAUGAUAGCGAUACAUCAUACGAUGAUGUACGUGAUAACCCCAUUAAAAAUACAUGGGAUUUGAUAUACCACGAAAAUGAUCAACUUCUUUUUGGCGCACGGCAGGAGCCUGCUGAUCUGUCCUCGCUGCAUCCAAAUGCCGUCCAAAUCUUCAGGCUUUGUCAUCUGUUUAUUGAAAACGUCAAUCCUCUCUUGCAGGUCGUACAUGCUCCCAGUCUCCAGAGUCGCAUCAUAGAAGCGGCGGACAACAUACCGAACAUUGAACCAAACUUUGAAGCGCUCAUGUUUAGCAUCUACAGCAUGGCCGUAGUAAGUUUGACAAAUGAAGACUGUAUUAAACUGUUUGGCACGACAAGGAGCAUUCUUCUCCAGCAGUAUCAUCGUGGCUCCCAAGAAGCCCUUCUCAACGCUCGCUUUCUCAGGACAGAUAAUCGCAAUUGUUUAACCGCUUUGUUUCUCCAUCUGCUCUCAAUAAGACCAAAAAUGGAUCCUCGUUCUGUUUCGUCCAUGCUUGGAAUUGCACUACGCACGGCACAGCGCCUUGGGCUUGAUAAUGAAUCGGAUUUAGCCAAGUGCGAUAUUGUUGAGGCCGAGAUGCGUCGACGUCUCUGGUGGGCUUUAGUUCUAUUCGACACCCGCAUUUGCGAAUUGAUUGACACUAAGAAGACUUCGCUGACUCCCACGUGGGAUUGCCGCAUACCUCUCAAUGUCAAUGACUCUGAGCUCCGAACCGGACUGAGAGAUGGACCCAGAACUCAAACAGCGAUCAGCGACUCCAUUUUCGUCGUCGUGCGUGGUGUAAUCGCAGAUUUCAUCAGACACUCCUCUUUCUAUCUUAACUUUACCAACCCGGCCAUGAACGCUGCAACGAAGAAUCCUAGCACCAAGUCUGAUGUCAAGGGUGGUGAGGUUGACACUCUCGAAAACGAGCUGGAGAACAAAUAUCUGCAGCUCUGCAGUCCAGAGAUCCCGCUACAGUUCAUGACCAUAUGGACUGCACGAGGCUAUAUCGCCAGAUAUCGCAUCAUAGAGCGGCUUUCAACGCUGGAUGGUCUAGUUGGAGACACUCAGCGUGACGCUCUAGGCCUAAUGGCGGUGGACAUGAUUGCUUGUGAUAGUAGAAUCAUGACGUCGUCUAUCGUAAAAGACUUUCUCUGGCUGAUUCAAAUGUAUCAUUUCCCAUUUACUGCAUAUAUACAGCUUUUGCAAGAUCUGAAACGGCGCCCUACAAGCAGCAUUGCGGCGCAGUCCUGGGAUGCUCGACAAGUGAUACCAAACGACCAAGUUGGGCUUGUGACAACACCGGGCAUAGUGUCAUAUCUUAAAAACAACACUAACAUACACCAAACAGAGAAUCCGAAAUCUCUUGACAAUAUACCCAUAUCAAUGGCAAACUUUACCAGCUUGAACAACACUACGGCGGACAAUCUUCCUCUUAAGAUGCUAGAGAUGGGUUUCGACGAUAUAUACACAUAUCCUUUCAUGGAACUCGACCCCAAUCAGAUACAGUGGCUGAGUAAAGAUUGGGAUUAG